UGGCGGCUGUGGACAACUGGGUGGCUGGAAAGCUGCUGUGGAGUCUGACAAGCUUUCACCACCUUCGGCUCUUGAUUUCAGCCUAGCGUUCUGAGCUGAAGAAGUUUUCGCAUCUGAUUCUGCUCCGCUCCUCCGGCGUCGCACCCUCUCGGCCAUUGCUGCUGUCGAAGCCCCCCGAAGGGCAUGGCUGGGAUGGCGAGUCCGAGCCUGGGGGACUGCGGAGCUGCCCCCUCGGUCACCUCCAGUGAGCGCUCAGCCCCAGACCGGCCUUGUGAUCUCCGGCAAGAAGAUGGUGCUCUGGGAUCGGAAAGAGGGGGAGAAGAUGAGAAGCAAGCGGUAAUAAAAAGCAGUGAGUGUAAUACCCUACUGCAAGAAUCCAUUGCUUCUGCUCAGACUGGUGAUACUACAAUGACAGAAUGCCAUAAGUCUGUCCCAUGCGGAUGGGAAAGAGUUGUGAAGCAAAGGUUAUCAGGGAAAACAGCUGGAAGAUAUGAUGUAUAUUUUAUCAGCCCACAAGGACUGAAGUUCAGAUCCAAAAGUUCACUUGCUAAAUAUCUUCACAAAAAUGAAGAGACUUCUCUUACACCAGAAGAUUUUGAUUUUACUGUACUUUCUAAAAGGGGCAUCAAGUCCAGAUAUAAAAACUGCAGCAUCGCUCCUCUGACAUCCCAAAUGCAAAAUGACAGUAAUAGUUCAAACCGGAACCUCAGGACCCGAAGCUGGUGGAAAAAAGAUGUCUUUCCUCUACCAAGUGGUAGUUUGGAAUUGCAAAAUAGCAGAAGACUGUCUAACUUUAAAGAAGAUGAGGGCGUUAAUGAUGUUGACUCCAGAAAGGUUAGAAAGCCCAAAGGAAAGGUGACUAUUUUGAAAGAAAUUCAAAUUAAGAAAACUAAAACACGGUGCCGGAAGGGUCUUCCAGAUUCUGCUCAAAGUAAUAAGAAAAGAAAAUCUGAGUAUAAGAAGGCAGAUGCUGAAAGUGAACCUGUUGUGCAAGAAAGUCAGCUUGAUAAAACACUCUCCAUUUCUGAUGCUGGAGCAAGCAACAAGACCCUCAGUGUAACCAGUGAAGAAAAGAGGCUUGUAAAAGAACAAUCAUUGAGUUCAGGAUCAAAUUUUUGUUUUCAACAAAUAACUUCUGGCAUCAUAAACAAAUUAAGUUCAACUGAAGAAGCAGAAUGCAACAAGAAUUGUGAGGAAACCUUUUUAGAAUCUGAAGAAAUAAAAUCAAAAGUAGAAGUUGGGGGAAGGAAGGAACAUUUGCAUACUGACAUUUUAAAAUGUGGCUCUGAAAUGGACAACAACUGCUCACAAACCGAGAAAGACUCUAUUUCUGUGAAAAUAUGUCAAGAAGAUACCAUUCCACGGACACAAAUAGAAAAAAGGAAAACAAGCUUAUAUUUUUCCAGCAAAUAUAACAGAGAAGCUCUUAGCCCCCCUCGGCGCAAAGCCUUUAAGAAGUGGACACCUCCCCGGUCACCUUUUAAUCUUGUCCAGGAAACACUUUUCCACGAUCCAUGGAAGCUCCUCAUUGCUACCAUAUUUCUCAACCGGACCUCAGGCAAAAUGGCAAUCCCUGUGCUCUGGGAGUUUCUGGAGAAGUACCCUUCGGCUGAGGUAGCAAGAACCGCAGACUGGAGAGAUGUGUCAGAUCUUCUUAAACCUCUCGGUCUCUACGAUCUUCGAGCAAAAACCAUUAUCAAGUUCUCAGAUGAAUAUCUGACAAAGCAGUGGAAAUACCCGAUUGAGCUUCAUGGGAUUGGCAAAUAUGGCAACGACUCUUACCGAAUUUUUUGCGUCAAUGAGUGGAAGCAGGUGCACCCUGAAGACCAUAAGUUAAAUAAAUAUCAUGACUGGCUUUGGGAAAAUCAUGAAAAAUUAAGUCUGUCUUAAAAUUCUUUGAAAUCUUCAAACUCAUUUUUUAUACAUUAUUUUGCACUUGAUUCUUAAGAGCUCCAUUAACCACAACCAACUGCCUUUAUGGGUAUAUAGAUUGUAAUUAGUCUAACUAGAAAUUUAAUGUAGGUUUUCUUAAUGUGUGUAACACUGGUAGAUCUUUGCUACUGAACGUACUAGAACAUGUUUUGAGAUUUUUUUAAAAAA